AUGUCCAUUGCAAGUGCCGGACCCGUUCUCGCCGCGGCCACCGCCCCAGUCGUUGGCACUCCCAACUUGGCCCUGCACGCCAAAACUAAUGCCGAUGUCCCCACCCUUCCGGCCGGAUUCCCCGCCCAUCUGCCGGAUAAGUUGGCCUGGACCGGCUCCGACUUCAACAAGACAUCUGACCACAUCCUGAACUUGAGUGGUACCCACCUCGCCGAAAUCAGAGCGGCUCUUGGAAGCUACAAAUCUCUCGGUCAAGAUGGUGACCUCGUGGAACCCACCAACUUUCCACUCCCGACACUCGGCCCGAAGCUCAAGGAGCUCAGCGGUGACAUCCAUAAUGGCAGGGGAUUCUGUGUCAUCCGGGGUCUCAACCCUGCUUCCUACACCGUUGAGGACUUGACUCUGGUCUACCUUGGCGUUCAGUCGUACAUUGCCGAGCAGCGCGGCCGCCAGGACAAGUGUGGAAACAUGCUCGUCCAUAUUGUUGCGGAUAACAGCACCAAGCAGGCGGCCGAGCAUCAUCGGCAUUCGACUAAAGCAAUUACGUUCCACAACGAGAAGCUGGCGAUGUCGUCAGCUGGUGACUCCGUAGCACCGCCACAGUACAUUGUGGUGCAUCAUUGCUCUGCUACACCGAUGAAACGUCUGGCAGCUACCCGGCCCGAUGUGAUUCGCACUUUGUCCCGGUCUGACUGGCCUUUCGCCAUGCCACGCUUCCAGUGCCGUCCGGUUAUCUUCUACCGGGAUUCGAAGCUGGUCAUGAACUUUGGUCGCGCCGCUCUUCUAGGCAGCGAUGCUCAUCCCCGACCUCAGCAUCUGCCCUCCCUGACAGCCCGCCAGAUCGAAGCCUUGGAUGCCAUCGAGGCCAUUGCGCAGGCUACUCAGCUGGAGAUCCAGACUCAGGCAGGGGACAUGCAUUUCAUCAACAACCUCGCCAUCCUUCACCGCCGCGAAGGCUUUGCUAAUGGACAAGCCCGUACCGAGAAACGCCACCUGGUGCGCAUGCGGCUUCGCAGUGCCAAGCAAGGAUGGUCGAUCCCUCGCGAGCUCGAGGGGGAGUGGGACGAAGCGUUCAAGAAGCAUGGCGUCAAGCACUGGCACGUGGAGCCGAUGCCCUCGUACUUUUUCCCCAUGCGCCUCUAUCCCAACUAG